GAUUUUGACACAAAUACAACUUCCAUUUUGUUUUAAAUGUCAAUAGUCAAUAAGAAAAAAGUAAAUAAAAAUAAACUUUCUGUAAUUUAAUGUAAUAAACAGUGAUAUUUUAAUUUAAGAAAUAAAAAUUGAAUGAUUCAGGAUGUCUCGUCAAAUGAUUCAGACAGAACGGAAAAUAGCCGAAAAAUUAAUCAUUCUAAAUGAUCGAGGAGUUGGAAUGCUAACAAGGAUAUAUAACAUAAAAAAAGCAUGUGGAGAUGCGAAAUCUAAACCUGGAUUCUUGUCUGAUAAAAAUUUGGAAUCCUCUAUUAAAAACAUUGUAAGAAGAUUUCCUAAUAUUGAUGUUAAAAGCCUUACGCCCAUUCAUAAUUUAAAAAACGAAAUUAUUAAAUCAUUAUCAUUAUAUUAUUACACGUUUGUGGAUUUAUUGGAUUUUAAAGAUCAUGUUUGUGAACUUUUAACAACUUUAGAUGCCUAUCAAAUUGAUUUGGAUAUUACUAUAAAUUUCGAGCUGACCAAACAUUAUUUAGAUCUUGUCACCACUUACGUUUCCCUUAUGGUACUUCUAUCUAAAGUAGAAGAUCGCAAAGCAGUUUUGGGAUUGUUUAACGCCGCUUAUGAAAUAGUACAUGGAUCGCAGGAUCAGAAUUUCCCUAGAUUAGGAACAAUGAUAACAGAUUAUGAUGUUCCAUUUAAGAAAUUAUCAGAAGAGUUUGUACCGCAUGGUAGGUUAUUAGCAGAGGCUCUUCAAUCUUUGAUUCCAGUUUUUAUUCCAAGAAAUGUAUCAGCUGAUAAGUGGCGAUCUGAGCAAAAGUUAACAAUUGUUGGAAACCCUUCACAGCUGUUAAAACCUGUUAUUUCUGAUAAAAUGUCCUGUGAAUUUUUAUCUCUCGACGUGAUGGAGAGGUGGAUCAUUUUUGGCAUACUUCUGAUACACAAUGUAUUAUUAUUACAACAGGAUAACUUUAAUAAAGCGUUUUUAAAUGCUUUAGAGUCAUCUUGGGUCAUUCCUUUAUUUAGAGAUGAAGUUAUUUAUAUACACCAAUAUGUAAUAUCAUUUUUUGAUGGUUUGAAGGGUUAUAGUAAAAGAAUUUCUGAAGUAAAAGACACUUAUACCCAUGCAGUUCAGAAAGCUGGAUACAACCAUCGCGAACGUAGGAAGUUUUUGAGGACAGCUCUUAAAGAAUUAGGUUUGAUUUUAAUGGACCAACCUGGUUUGCUGGGUCCGAAGGCGCUCAUGAUAUUCAUGGGUUUGUCCUAUGGAAGAGACGAAGUUUUAUGGUUGCUCAGGCAUAACGAUAACCCUCCGAUUCACAAAGUUAAAGGAAAAUCAACAGAAGAUUUGGUCGAUCGACAUUUACCUGAAUUACUAUUCCACAUGGAGGAUUUGAGGGUGUUAGUGAGGAAGUACAGUCAAGUGAUGCAGAGGUAUUACGUCCAAUAUCUUUCGCAUUGGGAUGCUAUUACUCUCAAAGAUUUAAUGCAGAAAUUACAGACUUGUCCUGAAGAUGAGGGUACUAUAUUAUCUUCUUUGUGUAAUACGAUUGCGAGUGUGUCUGUUAAGCAAGUCGAAGAGAAUGAAACUUUUAAUUUUUUCGCAUUUCGGCUCGAUUGGUUCAGAUUGCAAGCUUUUACUUCGACUGUGAAAUCUCCAUUGAGGUUAAAAGAUGUUAGAACGUUAGCACAGCUUCUCGAUUCGAUUCAGUUCCACACAAAAAUGGUUGAUAACUUAGAUGAAAUGUUGAGAGAAACUUCGGAUUUAUCGAUAUUUUGUUUUUAUAAUCGUAUUUUCGAAGAUCAAUUUCAUAUGUGUUUGGAAUUUCCGGCGCAAAAUAGAUUCAUAGUUGCUUUCCCAUCGAUUUGCAGCCAUUUCCAGCAUUGUACCCACGAACUUUGUCCCGAAGAACGGCAUCAUAUUAGAGAACGAAGUUUGUCUGUUGUAAAUAUGUUUCUAGAUGAAAUGGCUAAAGAAGCUAAAAAUAUUAUAACAGCGAUUUGUGAUGCGCAGUGCAAAAUGAGCGAUAAAUUGCUUCCAAAAAAUUGCGCUCACUUGAUUUCGCAACAGAUUAAUAGAAAGAAGAAAGAGAAGAAUAAAAAGAAUGUGAUAGAAUUUGAAAAGCCCGGGAAAGAGAGUUAUCGAAAAACGAGAGAAAAUUUAACAACGAUGGAUAAAUUACACAUGGCUUUAACUGAAUUAUGUUACGCUAUAAAUUAUUUUUCGAAUAUUAACGUUUGGGAAUACACUUUUGCUCCUAGAGAAUAUUUACAUCAGCAUUUGGAAAAUCGAUUUUCGAAAGCUCUUGUUGGUAUGGUGAUGUAUAAUUCGGAUACGAAUGAAAUUGCUAAACCAUCUGAAUUGUUGGUAUGCGUGAGAUCGUAUAUGAAUGUAUUACAAACUGUUGAAAAUUACGUUCAUAUUGAUAUAACGAGAGUUUUUAAUAAUUGUUUAUUACAACAAACGCAACCGAUGGACAGUCAUGGUGAAAAAACUGUCGCUUCGAUUUAUACUCAAUGGUAUUCCGAAGUGUUACUAAGAAGAGUUAGCGCUGGAAAUAUAAUAUUUUCAAUGAAUCAACGUUCGUUUGUAAGUUUAACUGUAGAAGGUUCGAUUCCGUUCAAUCCAGAAGAAUACUCGGAUGUUAACGAAUUAAGAGCGUUAGCAGAACUAAUUGGCCCGUACGGAAUGAAGCAGUUAAGCGAAACUUUAAUGUGGCACAUCGCCAGCCAAGUUAUCGAAUUAAAAAAACUAGCCGAAAUGAAUAAAGACGUUCUUCUUUCGUUACGUACAAAUUUCGAUAAACCCGAAGUUAUGAAAGAGCAAUUCAAAAAAUUAACAAACGUCGAUAACGUACUUCAAAGAAUGACGAUCGUUGGGGUUAUUUUGAGUUUCAGACAGUUAUCGCAAUCUUGUUUGACUGAUGUGUUGGAGCAGAGAAUUCCGUUUUUAGUGAGUUCGAUUUUGGAUUUCAAGCAUCAUUUACCUAGCGGCGAUCCGAUGAAGAUUGUAAGCGAAAUGACUUCGGCUGCCGGUAUUUCUUGUAGAGUCGAUCCAACUUUGAUAUCGGCGUUGAAAUUACAGAAACAAGAAGUCGAAGGGGAUAAUGAGCAUCUUUUGGUGUGUCUUUUAAUGGUUUUCGUAGCGGUUUCUAUUCCGAAAUUGGCUAAAUCUGAACAGUCGUUUUACAGGGCUUCUUUAGAGGGGCAUACGAAUAAUAUUCAUUGCAUGUCGUUAGCGGUUAAUCAUAUAUUCGGAGCUCUGUUUACUAUUUGCGGACAAGGGGAUAUCGAGGAUCGUAUGAAAGAGUUCUUAGCAUUAGCUUCGUCUAGUUUAUUAAGGUUGGGUCAAGAAGCUGAUAAGGAAGCGAUUAAGAAUCGCGAAUCUAUUUAUUUGUUGUUGGAUCAAAUUGUACAAGAAUCGCCGUUUCUUACUAUGGAUUUGUUGGAAUCGUGUUUCCCGUAUGCGCUUAUUAGAAAUGCUUAUCAUGACGUUUAUAAAUUAGAACAGACUAUGUAACUGUAUGUAAUCAAUAUAUUUAUACAAUUAGA